GAGCACAUGGUGGGAUGGAUGCCACAACAACCAUCUGUCAUCGUUACACUCCACGAGAACAGUUGAAGGUGUUUGUCAAGACAGCUGACAUAAUUGUCACAGCUGCUGGCCUCCCAGGUCUCAUAACUGGUGACAUGAUCAAGCCAGGAUGUGCAAUAUUAGAUGUUGGCAUUAACAGAAUCAAAGACCCUGUUUCUGGAAAAGCCAAACUUGUAGGUGACUGUGAGUUUGAAAGUUGUGCAGAGAAAGCAGCAUACAUAACUCCUGUUCCAGGAGGUGUUGGACCUAUGACUGUUGCUAUGCUAAUGCGCAAUACCGUUUUGGCAGCAGACAGACAUAUAGCAUACUGAUAACAAGUACAGGGUUAUGAUUUAGUUGUUGUCUUGUAGAUUUUUUUUUUUUAUCUUCAAUAAGAAUACAUCUGGGCAUGUUGUGAUUGCAAAGGUACCGUGAACUUGUUUAUUAUUGAUAAUCAAGGAUCUAAAUAUCAGUAUUAAAAGAGGUGUGAUAAACGUCUUUUCUAUGACUGGGAAAUGUUCAUCAUUUGUGCCCACUAACAGUUAAUUUUUGUAUACAGUUUAUUACCUUAAUUUUAUAUUAUAUUUUUCAUAAAUCUAAUGUUUGCCAUUUCUGAUAAUUAACUAUUUAGUUGUUUAUUAAUUUUAUUUUCAGUUUUUAUUUAUAUAUUUUUUGUUAUUUUAACUAAUGAAAAGGCCCAUAUUUGUGAGUGAUGUGAUACAACUUGGUGUGAGAAAUUACUUUUUAGUAAAUUAGUAAAGUUUUGUAAUGAAAGUAUAUUUUGCUAAUUAAAAUAAAUAUUUGUUUAAAUACAGACUUUAAAAUGUGGCAGCCAAGAUAAACUAUAUCUUAAGGAAGCUUCCACUUUAAAUUGAUUUGCCAAAUUUUUGUACCUAUGAGGGCAAGCUGUAAUUAAAACCAUAGUAAAGAAUUUACUACUGUUGAUUAUUUUUUUUAUCUUUGAUACUUGUAAUUGCUUAUAACAGACUUCUUUGUACCAGUCAAUAAGGCUUGGUGACAUGGUAGUUAGGAGAUUGUGCAAACCACCUAUAAUCACUUUUUUUUUUCCUUGAAUUGUCAGUAGUUUAUGCUUGCCCCCUGAUUUCUUUUUAAUAAAGUAUAAAAUAGU